CCUUUUAAAAUUCUAUCAAUAAGAUCUUAGAAAUUGAUCAUAUAAAAUUACAAGUUACAUUCACAGUAGAUAUAAUCAGUGCUUUUUCCAGAAUGUUCUUUGCUAGAUUCGAGGACACUGUCGAACAGAAUGAGACAACAUCACAACAGAGAUUAGAGGCAUUAAAACAGAAAAUAGCUGCCAAACAGAAACAGCCUACCAAAAAUGUGGCCGAGUUAUCAGAUGUGUUGUCGUCAAAUGGUACUAAAAAGCAUCCUAAGAAAAGAAGAAAAGUAAGCGGGGCAGGCGAAAAUGAAGCUGUUAAACCCAAGAGAAAAAAGAAGAAAGUUGCUGAAGAUAGUUCUAUCCAACAAGGAUGUUCGAGAAUGGAAGAAGAGGAAAUUGGAACCAUAAAUGGCGAGAGUGAAGAAUCUGAGCCAAAAAAGAAGCGAAAGAAGAAAAAGAAGAAACAUGAUAUUGAAGUAGCUGAUAAAGAUAAUGAAAUAUCAUUGGACAUCAGUAAACCUCAGGAGAUGAUUAAUUCUGUUGUCGAUACUUUAAACGAAAAACCAGAAAGUGGUGACGUUGCUGAUAACGAAACUUCACCUAAAAAGAAGAGAAAGAAAAAGAAGAGAGAACGUGUUGUCGAAGUUUUGGAGAAGGAAGUAAGUGAAGAAACAAGUUCUGGAGUUGUCUCUGAACAAGUGUGUGAAGAAACGAAUGGUGCCGUUGUAACUGAUUAUCCCGAAACCAUUGAGGAGGAUACAGUUGAAUCAAAGGUAGAAGAAGAAACAGAAGAAGCAAAUGUAGAGAAAGAAGAAGAAGAAGAAGAAUGGACCAUUUUGGGUAGACACAAGACUCUACAGAAAGCGAAACACGUUAAACGUGAUCUGCCUGAUUGGAUUGUUAAUUGUGAGAUCGUGGACCCAGAGUUUGAAAACGUUUGCACUUUAGCAGACUUUGGUUUGCUGGAUGAAUCCCUUGUCGAUGUACUAGCGUCUAUGGAAAUCAACGCUUUAUUCCCUGUACAGAGUCAGAUAAUCCCAGACAUACUAUCUGGAUGUCAGAAAACCACCCUGCUAACUCGACAUCUUACUCCUCCAACUGAUAUCUGUGUGUCUGCUCCCACGGGCUCUGGUAAAACUCUAGUGUAUGUACUGUCUCUUGUUCAGUGUCUAUACAAGUUACCACCAAUGCUACAAGCUAUAGUCGUGGUACCUACAAAGAAUCUGGCGAAUCAAGUGAAACAAGUUUUUAACAACUUCAACAAACUAAUUAAGGUUGUGCUGCUGUCCGGAAAGGACACAUUCCCAACGGAACAGAAGAACAUGUUCACAGACCAGGGUUCAUGUCUUGCUCAUGUAGCGGUCACAACCCCUGGUCGACUCGUUAAUCAUCUUAGGGACACCAAACUCUUUACUCUACAAAACCUUCGAUUCUUGGUUAUUGACGAAAUGGACACCUUGUUGAAUCAAACUUACCAAGAUUGGCUACCUUCACUUUAUAAAACUGUGUACAACCCUGACCCGAACAGACACCCAAUGCAGCCAGUAGUACGAACACGCCGCUACACUCCCAACACUCCCCUCAGUGUCUCACAACUCUCUGAACCUGCCCUGCCCUUACAGAAGUUGUUAUUCUCAGCUACUGUUACUCACGACCCCUCCAAACUGGCACCUUUACAGAUGUAUAAACCUAAAUUGUAUAGUUGUGGGGGCAAAUACACGUUACCUAGCACACUCGUGCAAAACCAGAUACGAUGUCAGCUAGAGGACAAAGCCCUAGUACUAAUCCACCUUGUCAAUAAGCUAAAACACGUACUGUGUUUUGCAAGUUCUGUUGAUACUUCCCACCGCCUUGCUAUUCUAACUGAGGAAUUUGGUGGAAUUAAAGUUGCAGAGUACUCAUCUACUCUCUCAGUCCAACAGAGAAAUAAAGUUAUGAGGGACUUUUCUCUCGGCAAUAUUCAACUAUUAGUGUGUUCAGACUCCUUGGCACGUGGUAUGGACAUUAGUUUGGUAGAUCAUGUGAUCAACUACGAUGUGCCUGCGCACGUGCAGACUUAUGUGCACCGCGUGGGACGAACUGCACGUGCAGGAAAAGUGGGUUACGCUUACACGCUCGUCAGAUAUGAAGAGAUUCGACAUUUCCAUCAACUGCUGAAGAAAGCAGGAAACACUAGAGCCAGCGAGAUGAAGAUUUCUGAUGACUCUAUAGCUGAGUUAUCUGAAAAUUAUCAAGAUUGCUUGCAAAGACUGGAAAUUAGACUUAAGUCUAAGGGAAAAAAGUAAACUUCUUAUCUCUUAAUCAUGUCUGCUAUCUUAAUAGAAUGUUGGACUAAAAGUUAGCUCUAAAUUUGAAAACAGAAGUGUAGCGCACAUCUUUCGUUUGUUUUUAGCUGCGUGAUAGCGUUAUAGGUGAUUUUUAUUUAACUUAUUAAAAUUGUUUUAACUUUUUAUAGUUUUAUCGGGAAAUAGGUUUGAUGGAUUUUCUGUCAAGAUUAGAUUAUUUAAUCAUGUUUGUCAUGAACUAUUAUUUUUACAAUACUCAAACAAUGUGUCAAAAUUUUAAUCGACUAAAAAACAUUUUUAGG